CAUUUUUAUUUCGCUGAAUGUAUAUUGGAGUAAAUUGAAUAUUAUCCUAUUGAAGUAAUUAUUUGAUAUUCAAUAAUUUUGUCGUUAUUAUCCAUACAGGAGUCAGGAUCCACACUGUUAAAGAAGUGGAUGAAUGCUGUUAAGAUUGUAAUUAUUGUUCAUUGUACAUUUUCACAAUGAGUAUGAAGAAAUAUAAACAAAGUAAAGCAGAUAUUGCGAAACAAUUUGACUUACCUGAGCGCCAGUCAAAGAUUACCAGUUUAUUAAAUCAAGCUGGGCAAGCAUAUUGUAUAUGUCGUUCUUCGGACAGCUCUAGAUUUAUGAUAGCAUGUGAUGCCUGUGAGGAAUGGUAUCAUGGAGAUUGUAUUAAUAUAUCUGAAAAAGAAGCUAAAUACAUUAAGAACUAUUUCUGUGAUCGGUGUCGAGAGGAGGAUCCUAGCCUUAAAACUAAAUUCAGACCACAGAAAAGAGAAAAUGAUGGAGAUUCAGGUCGAGAUGAGGGCAGAAAGAAGAAAAAAGAAAAAGAGUACUCUGAAAAUAGAACUUCCAGAAGACCAGCAAAGGAUGGCUGUGGUGACUGCCCUGGAUGCUUACAGCUAACUGAUUGUGGGCAUUGUGAUGCAUGUGAAGAUAUGUAUAAAUAUGGCGGUAGCAACAAGCUAAAGCUCAAAUGUCGAAAAAGGCAGUGUGUUAAGACCAAGAAAAGCUCCAGAGUGUCUAGCAGUAACCGUAUAAAAAAGAAACACCAUGAACGCGAAGUGUAUGAGCCAGAGGAGUCGAUUGCUCAUCUCCAAACAUCUGACCCUCGGCACUGCUAUGGCCCUCAAUGUACAAGAGCUGCUCAAUAUGGUUCCAAGUAUUGCUCACCUCAAUGUGGUAUGCGUCUGGCUACAGCAAGGAUAUAUCAGGUGCUACCCCAACGCAUACAGGAAUGGUCGCUAUCGAGCUGUGUCGCUGAACAACACAAUCGUAAAGCGCUUGAAGUGGUCCGUAGCGGGUUGGCUAAAGCGCAGGCAGCGCUUAGAGCGUUGGACAAGCAACAUUCUGAUUUGGAUACUUUGCUAGAAAGGGCUAAACACGCUACUAUACAACAUAGUGAUGAAAAGGAACUAGACGAUGAAACGUCAAUGUACUGUGUGACCUGUGGCCACGAAAUACAUUCCCGUACAGCGGUCAAACAUAUGGAGAAGUGUUUCGUCAAGUAUGAGGCGCAAGCGUCGUUCGGAAGUCGCCACAGAACAAGGAUUGACGGACAGAGCAUGUUCUGCGAUUAUUACAAUGCUUCUAAUGGGACUUACUGUAAGCGACUACGGGUGAUGUGUCCAGAACACUUCAAGGACCCCAAAGUGAUCGAUACAGAUGUGUGUGGAUGUCCCCUGGUUAAGAACGUGUUUGACCCCACAGGGGAGUUCUGUAGGGCUCCAAAGAAGUCCUGUCUCAGGCAUUAUCAGUGGGAGAAACUUCGGAGGGCCGAAAUUGAUAUGGAGAGAGUCCGACAAUGGUUGAGGUUGGAUGAACUGGUGGAACAGGAGAGGAGCAUUCGACUGGCUAUGGCCUCUAGAGCUGGUGUCUUAGGACUGAUGCUGCAUUCGACAUACAACCACGAGAUGGUGGAACGUAUCACAAAAGCCAACGAAAAUGGAAAACUCAAGGAAAGCUCCUGACAUCGGACAGAAUAAAAUCGGCAACUUUAUAAAAUGUGUUGUCAUUUAUAAUAAAUAAUUGUUUCUAUAUACAUU